CAACAAGAAGAUUUGGCUGAAUAUAAACGUCAAUGUAGACGUAUUACAGAUAAUAAAAAAAUGAUACUAAAAAAUUUAUUUAAUUUUGACUCAUUUUCUGAAGAUAUGGCUGUUGAAGUUUUGAAGCAACUUCAAAGAUUUUAG